CAGAUUAUCUUCCCACCCAUUAAGCAAAGCUUCCAAGAAUCCACCUUUCCCUCUUUUCAGAAAAGAAAGAAUUUUUUUUCCUGUAGCUUUCUCUCGUUUUCCUCACUUUCUUGUGAUUUUUCUUUUCUUCAGUGAUUAGUGCUCUUCUUGAGAUGUGUCCACUGUAAACAUGGGUUUUCAUGAAGAAGUGUAUGUUCAUCCACCAAGCCCAGAUUCGAAUUCCCAUGUUGACCCCAUAAACCCUCAUUCCUCUUCUUCUUCAGCUCCGGUUCCCAACAAUGGCUACAAUGAUCCAGGAAUCAAAACCCUUUUGAAAAAAAUGAUCUUUGAUUUGGGUUUCUCUUGUUUCCUUCCUCCUCUCACCGGAACCAUCUCUCGCAAGAGCUCCGGCGAAAAUAACGGCGGCGCCGACGAGAACAAGGCGUGGCUGUUGGCGGAAACCGGACCGGAGCUUAUGAAUCCGGACCCACAUUCCGUACACUCUUCGUUUAGGUUCAGUCUUUGCUCACAAGUGGAGCUCGAGAAGAUGAAAAUGGAGGAUUCAUCGUCCUCGUCCUCGUCGCUGUGUCGAAAUAUGUCGGGUUCUGGGUCGGCGACGGUUCUGCUGGUGAAUCUGGAGAAUGGGUUGAAGGAAACUGGGAAAUCGAAUGAGGAUACGGAGUGGAAGAGGGCUUGGACGCUCGAAAAGAGUAUUUCUCCUGUGUCGAACUGCUUGGUCCGCUUCAGCUAUGGUGAAAUUCGCUCUGCGACUCGUGAUUUCUCAAAAGGGAGAGUUCUUGGAAGAGGAGCUUGCAGCUAUGUCUUCAGGGGUAGAUUAGGAAUUUGGCGCACCCCUGUGGCCAUCAAGAGACUAGAUAAGGAAGGCAGAGAAACUCCGAAGUCAUUCUGCAGAGAGUUGAUGAUCGCUAGCUCUCUUCACAACCCUAACAUUGUACCUCUUCUAGGGUUCUGUAUCGAUCCAGACGACGGGCUUUUCUUGGUCUACAAGUAUGUCUCGGGUGGCAGCCUCGAACAUUAUUUGCACGCGAAGAAGAGGAAACAUGGCGUAAAAAGCUCCCCGAGUCUUCCUUGGUCAGUAAGGUACAAGAUUGCAUUAGGAAUCGCUGAAGCUAUAGCUUAUUUGCACAAUGGAACAGGUAAAUGUGUUGUGCAUAGAGACAUCAAACCCUCCAACAUUCUCCUUUCCUCAAAGAAAAAGCCAAAGUUAUGCGAUUUCGGUUUAGCUACUUGGACGGCUGGACCUUCUGUUCCUUUCCUCUGCAAGACAGUCAAAGGCACAUUCGGCUACUUGGCUCCGGAGUACUUCCAACACGGUAAAAUAUCAGACAAAACCGAUGUUUACGCCUUUGGGGUCGUGUUGCUCGAGCUACUAACGGGGCGAAAGCCAAUCGAAGCAAAGAGACCAUCUGGGGAAGAAAAUUUGGUCAUAUGGGCAAAGCCCUUGUUGCAUGGAGGGAUGGAAGCUAUGGAGGAAUUUCUCGAUCCACGGGGCAAAUGUACGGGAAAGAACUUGGCUCAGAUAAACUGGAUGAUGAGAGCUGCUGCAGCAUGUGUGAUCAACGAAGAAGCUCGAAGACCCGGGUUGGAAGAGAUCGGUAUGAUUCUCAGAGGCGAAGAAGGAUUAGAAGGGAUGAAUUACUCGGGUCGGAAAAAAACCAAUCUUUCGGGUAUUAUAGAUUGUUAUACGGAAUUGAAAGAGACAAAAUCCGAGAUAAAGGGUCAUCUGGCUCUUGCCAUGCUCGGAGUUACAGAGUUUGAAGAGGAAGAUUAUGUGUGCGGAGGCAGGUAAAAGGCGCCAAGAACUGCUCAGGAACAAGACUAUGCAGAUGAAGAAAGCUUUUGGUUGUGCUCUCAUGGUAAAUUUUUGGGAAAUUGUAAAUAGGUAGAAGAUUCAUUCAGACAGAGUCUGCGUAGUAUGGUCACUGAUUUGUUGUGUCCGUGUAAAUGCUUAUGGUCGUUUUUCUUCUAAAUUAUGGAAAACCCGGUUUAGCUUUUUAUU